AUGGCCGCACUCUUCUCGAGCCUCCCCGCGCCACUUCACUCGGCUCCCGUCGACGACACGCCCUCGGCGUCCGCCCAGCCGCAGCAGGCCUCGUCUGCUCUCGCCGUCCAAGGCGCCAACAUCCCGUCGUACGGCCACCGCAAGGGCUGGAAGCCAAAGAGCCAGCACGACUUUGGCGACGGCGGCGCCUACCCCGAGUGUCACGUCGCCCAGUACCCGCUCGAGCUCGGCAGGAAGAAGGCGAGUCCCUCCUCUUUCGAGCGAGCGCGCUCCUGCACCUCGUCGGGCAACACGUUGGCGCUCCAGGUCGACGCAGACGGUAACGUCAACUACGGCGCAAUCGCCCAGCAAGGUCAGCGCAACGGCGUGCACGUCCAGUCGUCGUUCAAGGACCUCGUCCCCCUGUCGCAGCGCACCGAUGUCGACAAGGACGUCAUGGCCAUGGAGCGGCCCUCGGAGGAGGAGGUCCAGUCGACCACCGACCGCACCAAGGCCGCCCUCGAGCGCCUCGUCCAGGGCAAGAUCAAGGCCGCCCAGCCCAAGAACGUGCAGCAGGUCGGUGGCGACGUCACCUACAUGCGCUACACCCCGCAGAACGGCGGCGUCGACAAGCAGAAGAUCAUCAAGAUGAUGGACGUCGUCGAGGACCCGCUCGAGCCGCCCCGGUUCAAGGGCAAGAAGAUCCCGCGCGGCCCGCCGUCGCCUCCACCGCCCAUCCUCCGCUCGCCGCCGCGCAAGGUGACGGCGCAGGAGCAGAAGGAGUGGAUGAUCCCGCCGUGUGUGUCCAACUGGAAGAACAACAAGGGUUACACGAUCCCGCUCGACAAGCGCUUGGCGGCCGACGGCCGUGGCCUGCAGGACGUCCAGAUCAACGACCGCUUCGCCCAGUUCUCCGAGGCGCUGUACGUCGCCGACCGACACGCGCGCGAAGAGGUCCGCCAGCGCGCCCUCAUGCAGCAGAAGAUCGCCUCGAAGGAGAAGGAGGCCAAGGAGGAGAACCUGCGCAUGAUGGCGCAGCGCGCACGCGAGGAGCGCUCGGGCGUCGUCGUCCAGCCGGCGGCGGCCGCGCCGUCUGCCAUGAGCUCGGCAGGCCUCGGCGCCGCCAUGGCCGGCUACGGCUCGGAGAGCGAGGACGAGGAGGAGGCGGCCAUCGCUCGCGGCGCGCAGGGUCAGCGUGCGCCGAGCACGGCCGGCGCCCCGAGCGACGACGAGAGCGCGGCGGGCGACGAGGACGACGGCGAGACGGAGGAGGACCGCAAGGCGGCGCGCGAGCGCGACGAGAUGCGCCGCGAGCGCAAGAAGGAGCGCGAGCGCGAGUUGCGCAUGAGCCACAUGGGCACCGAGCAGCGGGCCAAGGUCCUCGCCAAGGCGACCGGUCGCGACAUUUCGGAGAAGAUUGCGCUCGGGCUCGCCAAGCCGACCUUGUCCAAGGACUCGAUGCUCGACGCGCGCCUGUUCAACCGCGAGCAGUACUCGGCCUCGUUCGGCUCGUCCGACUCGUACAACCUGUACGACAAGCCUUUGUUCUCGGGCUCGUCGGCGGCGGCCGCCAUCUACAAGCCUCGCGGGCGGGACGUCGACGACGAGGGCUUCGAGGUCAACGCCGAGGAGGUCGACAAGGCGAUGCGCAACGACCGCUUCGGCCUCGGCGUCGCCGGCAAGGGCCGUGGCUUCGAGGGUACCGACACGAGCGAGAUCCGCGACGGCCCGGUCGCCUUCGAGCGCGACACGGCCGACCCGUUCGGCGUCGACGCGUUCCUCGAGUCGGCCAAGGCGGGCGCAGGAGCGGGCGAGAAGAAGCGCGGGCUCGACACGCUCGAGGACGACAAGCGCAAGCGCCAGCGGGACGACUGA